CAAUUAGCCGCAAGAGUAGUAUUUUUUUCUUCUUCAGAAUUAGCCGCAGCAGAGUUCUUCUAUCCAUUCUUUUCACUUAGCAGCAGCCGCAAGAGAUCAUUCAUUUAUUCUUUCUUUGGAGAACACAUUAGCCUCACUUUUCUUUCAAUUUCUUCCAACGUAGUUUAGAUUUCAGCAGCUACUGUAAGCUUAAUCAUCAUUUACAGUAUUAGUUCUUGAUUUUGGACUGAAUUUCAAACCUUGUUCCUCCCCAAUUUGAAUUAUUGAAACACCUGGAGCUUUGCCACUUUUGCCGAUAGGUACAUCGCAAUCCAGCUUCUGGCCACUCAGUGUCUUCCCCUUGAGCUCCUUCUGACCUCCCAUUGCCUUCUCUGUGCUCCUACACUAUUUUACUUCAUAGUAUUUUGGUGAAUUUUAAUGGAAUCCACAGCAAAAUCUGAAGAAGCAGAUGUUGUUUAUAGAAGUCCAAAAAUGGCAGGAACCGUCAAUUGGGGCACUGCUACCGUUAUUGGAGUAUUUGCUGGCAUGCUAUAUGGAGGUAGCAAGGAGGCAGCAGCUUCAGUUAGCAAGGAUGCAGAGGUGAUGCUGAAGCUUGGGAGCACACCAGAUAAGCGUGAACAGUAUCGCCUGAUGAGAGAUGCCAUGGAGAAAAGAUUUGUACGAGUCACUCGUGGCUCAAUAGUUGGUGGAGUUCGUCUUGGAAUGUUCACUGCUGCAUUUUACGGGUUGCAGAAUCUUCUUGCUGAGAAGCGUGGAGUGCAUGAUGUAUAUAAUGUUGUUGGAGCUGGAUCUGCUACUUCUGCAGCUUUUGGUCUUAUUAUGCCAGGGUCAUUCUACUGGCGUGCAAGAAAUGUUAUGUUGGGUUCUGCUUUAGGUGCUAUAUUUUGUUUUCCACUUGGUUGGCUUCAUCUGAAGCUUGUAGAGAAAGCAAAUGAAUCCCAGAGCAAUAACAACAAAGAAGUGAAGAGUGGGGUUGGUGCUGCAAUCGAGAGGCUUGAAGGUCAAUUGAGUAAAAGGACUGAUUGAAUGCUGCUCUGUCAGGGUAUAAGGUUUUUGAUGUAAUUCCUUGGCAUAUUGAAGGAAAUGGAAUGAUAAUGAAGAUAAGUAACAACAAUAGGUGUGCAUGUGGUGGUGGUGGUGGGGGGGGGGGGGGGGGGGGUUAAGUUAAUCAAAAGAAGUGUCAGGUUAGUGUUGUUAUCAGUUCUCUUUUAGGAACUUGCUUCUGUUGUUGUUCGCGGCGCAUAGAGUGUUAAUCAUAAAAGAGUGUUAUCAGUUCUCUUUUAUGAUGUGUGUUAAUCAUAAAAGAACACAUUUUGUCACUGAGUGUGGAUGUUAGCAUCCUCUCUCAUUGACAUAUACAAAGUAUAUGUUUACUGCAGAAUCUAGAAAGUUUUAUUUUCUGUGGUCUACUCAGAUCGCUCUCUUUUACCAAGGCAACCAUGCACUGAGAGUUUGAACUGUUGAUAUUACUCAUGUCUUGUAAGAUUGAAAAGAUAACAGGAAGGCUGAUUUUGAUUGCUAUCAUUAA